UCGUGUUGCUCAUACUCAGAUUGUGUCCGGAUUAUAUUAUAGAAUAAGUUCAUUUCGUACAAUUUGGUCCUGCUUUCAUACUCAUAUUCUUUUCAUUGCAGGGGAUAGAAGGCUUUGGUGAAAGAUUUUUUCCACGACACAAAGGAUGUUGCUGGUAUUAAUUUACUGCACAAACAUUCUUGUUCUUUAUCUUGAGUCCCCCAUAUGCUGAGUUUUCUUUACCGUGUGCUUGAAUUCUUUUUGUAGAUCAUCACAAAGUCGGAGCCAGAACAACAUCUUCCGUCAAGAACCAAAACAUCAAGAAACCGGGACAAGUCAAUGAGGCCGGUCCAAUUGUUAACAGGAACCGAAGGCUGAAUGUGAACUAGCACAAGAGCAUUGUGAAGCCCACUAUGAAGUUUGAGAGGAUCAAGGGCUGGGAUGAAGUUGUGGUGGACAUGAAGUUUCAAGCCACCAAGAGGAAGAUGCAAGAACUUUAUCAAAGAGCCGAAACGGACAAGAGGCAACGGACAGUGCAAGAAUUGGAUCCACGUGAUCUCCCAAAGAUGGCAACAAGUCAUAAGGCUUCGCGCGCCAAAAUUGCAAGAGGUAAUCGGUGGAAAGUGAUUUUGCGGAGCUGGGUCUCAUGCGUCUAAAGAUGAAAAGCCUCGUGCCAACAAUUUUGCCACGAAGAAAUCGAUGUUUCUAGACUUGGGAUCAAGCAAGAGUUGCGUUGUUCAUAGUCAUCCUCUUACAUGUAGACAAUAUAAGACAACUGAGUAUUGACCAUUAGAAUCGUAGUUUAGGAGGUGAUGUUGAUGAAUUCUUUGUCAAAAAUUGUACAUUGCAACCUGUCAUCAAUCAAUACCUCAAUUUUUUGAGCCA